AUGAAAAUACUCACCAGUCUGUCUUGGACCAAUCUUGGUACAGCAAUUAUCUUCUGUAUUAUCCUUCUUUACAUCUAUCGAAUCACUCUCCACCCGUUGGCAUCAUUCCCAGGUCCAAAACUUUCGGGCAUGACCCUCUGGUACGAAUUUUAUUAUGAUUUCAUCCGAGGUGGCCAGUAUAUCUUCAGAAUCAAGGAAAUGCAUGAAAAGUACGGACCCAUCGUGAGGGUAACACCUGACGAACUGCAUAUUAACGAUCCAUCAUUCAUUCCCGAGUUGAUGCCAGCUGGAGGUCGACGCCGGAAUAAAUGUGGAAGAUUGAUGCAGCUUUUUGGAUUCGCAGAAGCUGGUGGUGCAACAGUAGACCACGAUUUACAUCGUAUGAGACGAAGUGCGAUGUCUAAGAUGUUUUCAAAGGAUUCAAUUCGCAGGCUUGAACCAAUGAUGAAAACGAAUAUGGAAAAUUUAUUCAUGAGGAUCCGGGAAUUUCAAGACACUGGAAAACCCAUCAACUGUUUACCAAUGUUCGGCGCCUUCACCAAUGACCUUAUAUCUGAGUACGCGUAUGGUUUCAACUCGAAUUGGUUGGGAGCACCGAAUUUCAAUGCUGCAUUCUUUCACAUGAUCGAUGGCUUCCACAAAUUUGGUCCAUUGGCUGUGCAAUUCUCGUGGUUCAUACCUAUGAUGAAUAUGAUUCCAAAGUCUUUGCGCAAAACAUUGAACCCCGGUGCCAAUCAAUUCGUUGAAUUUAAGCAGGAAUUAUUGUCCAAUAUAGAUAGAGUCAAGGCAGCUCAUCAAGAAGGAAAAGAUGGCAAGACAGUGUUCGAUGAGAUUCUUGAUAGCAAAAUGCCCGAUCACGAGAAACGUAGAUCAAGACUUCUUGAAGAGGCUCAGAAUAUUUCAAUUGCUGGGACGGAAACAACUUCUUGGACCUUGAGCGUAUUGACCUUCUACUUACUAUCUAACCCAAAGGUUCUGAUUAAACUACGAGCGGAGUUGAAGACAGCCCUUCCCGAUCCUCCAGUUGAGCCAAUACUCAGGGAUAUGGAGCAGCUUCCUUAUUUGAGUGCUGUGAUUCAGGAAGGUCUUAGAAUAUCGAUGGGUACUAGCAAUCGACAAACAAGGAACGCCCCCGACCAAGUUCUGAAAUUCAACGAUGGAAAAAGAGUUUGGCUCAUUCCUCAAGGUACAAAUGUAGGUAUGGCGACACCCUUAAUCCACCUUAACCCAAAAGUUUUCCAAAACCCUCUCACCUUCGACCCGGAGCGCUUCAUCGAAGACCCACGCCUAAAGCGUAAUCUCAUGCCGUUUUCUCAUGGUUCGAGACAAUGCCUUGGUAUACAACUUGCUUAUGCAGAAUUGUAUCUGAUGCUUGGCUCCCUCUGGCGUAAAUUUGGGUGUAAGGAGGAUAAGGGAGAUGAAGGUUGGUUAGAGUUAUACCACACAGACAAGACGGAUGUUGAGAUGGUUGCCGAUAGAUUCGUUCCUUAUCCAAAGGAGGGAAGCAAAGGUAUUCGUAUUGUGAUUUGUAAAUGA